AUGAUUUCUUCUACGCUUCGAAAUGUCGUUGUUGGACUUUGGUUGGGUUUUGCAGUCAAGUGUGGUGCGAUUAGCUUGACUGUAUCACAAGAGCCCGGGAAUGAAACCUCUACUACCAUGUGGGGAAUCAUGUUCGAGGACAUCAACUAUUCCGGGGAUGGCGGAAUUCAUGGACAGCUCAUUCGAAAUAAUGGUUUUCAGGGUGACAACCCCGGCUUGGCGGCGUACUCGGCCAUAUCCGGAGCAAUUCUAGACGUCGAUUCUUCAGUUCCGCUCUCUGACGCACUUCCGAAUUCACUGAAAGUCAGUGUUGAAAGUGGCGCCUCGGGCCAGGUUGGCUUCUCCAACGAGGGUUACUGGGGCAUACCUGUUGAUGGUAGCCCCCACUCGCAUAACAUCUUCAUCCGUGGUAACUACCAGGGUCAAAUGACCUGGGUCUUACAAAGCGUUUCCACGAAGGAGAUUUUUGGAAACGCCACCUUCUACGUCGAUACUACCACCGAAAGAUUCACCGAGUUUCAUCAAAGGCCACUCACAACAUUCUCAUCGUUGACGGAUAUCGAAUACAGAAUGACCUUUGAUGCAGAGCUUGUAGCCGGAUCUUCAGUGUGGUUCGCGCUUCCGCAGCUCUACCCAACCACCUUCCACAACCGUUAUAACGGAUUGAAGCCAUCUCUAGCUGAGGCAGUGGACAACAUCGGGGGAAAGUUUCUCAGAUUCCCCGGCGGCAACAACCUAGAAGGACCGAAUGUCGAGAAUCGAUGGAAGUGGAAUGAGACGAUUGGUGCUCUGACUUCUCGCCCCGGUCACCAAGGGGCUUGGGGGUAUCCAAACACAGAUGCUCUGGGUCUUCAUGAGUACUUUGAGUGGUGUGAUGAUAUGCAACUCGAGCCAUUUCUGGACGUCUAUUCAGGGUACUCUCUUGACGGCACUCAUAUCACUGGCGAGGCCCUGCGACCCUUUGUUGACGAGGUGAUGCGGGAACUCGAAUAUGUUCUUGGCGAUUCAUCUACUCCAAUGGGAGCUCUGCGAGCCAAAAACGGGCGUGAGCAGCCUUGGCCUGUCAAAUGGGUUGAAAUCGGAAACGAAGACGACUUUGGUUGUAGCAGCUACCCCGAAAGAUUUGCUGCCUUCUAUAACGCCAUUCGUCCGGCGUAUCCAGAGCUCCAACUCAUUGCUUCAGCAACUGGGUUCAAUUGCUUGCCUGAUCCAUUUCCAGCAGAUGCGUGGAUCGACUACCACGAAAUACAUCAUCGGGCGCUUUCAGUGGUCGGACAUGAAGGGCUCAAAAUGGGUCGCUGGGGCGUUCAGUGGUCGGACAUGAAGGGCUCAGUUUCUGAGGCCAUCUUCAUGCUUGGACUGGAACGCAACAGUGACCUCAUCCGAGGUGUGGCGUUCGCACCCUUGAUCAGUCUUGUCGAUCAUCAGCAAUGGGCUCCCAAUCUGAUUCCGUUCAAACAGGCGCCUGACGCCAUUGUUUACACCUCCAGCUACUGGGUACAGCAGCUUUUCGCACAGAACUCCGGAACCAUGACACAUGAGAUCACCUCGGAUGCCGAAUUUGAUCCAGUCUUCUGGAGUGCCGUAAGCGCUGGGGAGACCGUUGUUGUUAAGCUUGCCAAUUAUGCUGGUGAGCCACAACAUCUUGAUAUCAAGAUUGCAGGAAAGAAGUCUGCGACACUGUCAAUCCUAAGCCACGACAACCCCGAUAGCGCCAACACCUACGAUGCAGCUCCUAUCUCACCACCGGUGGUUUCACACAUCGAAUCGUCCGAUGACAGCUUCGGUUUUCUCUUACCUGCAUGGUCUGUUGCGGUUCUUAGGGCUGACUGA